AUGGCUGCUGUCCCGAACAGCGGGCGCCUGAACCCACGCACAGCGGCAUCUCAGCAGUCGAUAUGGCACGUCACAAGCGAAGAAACUUUCCGUCGGAAUGUUGUCAGCUUAGGCCGAGCAUGCAAGGGCGUCGUGUGGGCGACAGAUGUCGUAACGCGAACGACACAACCGAUCGCUAGCAAGAUUGUGGUCCCUGAUUGGGGAACGCUGCACUCGAGCGAGUAUUGUCUGCCUUUGGCGGUUGAGAAACGGCUCAGCAACGACUUCGCGUUUAUAGCGGCCGCGCAGGAGGGUGUGCAUUGUGUUACCACAGCGUGCAUUAAGCAGAAGAUCAGCAACUGCAAUAGCAACACUAGCGCGGAGAUGACGCUCACCCUGCGCCUCGCUACGAACGGAGGCAUUCCCGAUAAGGUGCGAAGCGCGCUGGAGGACAUUUGGCGGACUGUCCAGACAGGCGCAGGACCAGGUAAGUGA